CUUCCUUCAGUUCAUUUUCUUUAUAUAUAUAUAUGUCAUUGUAAUGAUAUGACUCAACAUAUACUUAUUCCACUACAAAGGUUAGGUGGCACUUCAUCGUCUUCCAACAAUAAUAAUACCACAAAUACAUCAUCAAAUAUGAUCAACGCGACCAAUAAUACACCCACUAUUGAACUGAAAAACGUCACUUCCCACAAUAUCGAUAUUUUGAAACAACUUCAUCUUAUUCUAUUCCCUGUACAUUAUAGUGACUCCUUUUAUCAACAUGUACAACAAGUAGGAGAGUUUGCAAAAGUAGUAUAUGUCGAUGACAAGGCAGUAGGAGCGAUCUGUUGUCGUAUUGAACCGGAACUCCAACAAGAAGGGAAAUAUAGAGUGUAUAUCAUGACAUUAGGUGUCCUUGAAGCUUAUCGACGUCGUCAUUUAGGUCAUCUCUUAUUACAACAUGUCAUUGAUCAAGCCUAUCGACAACCCAACAUCACUCGGAUCUAUCUUCAUGUACAAGUCCUCAACACAACUGCUUUGGCUUUAUAUCAUCGUCAUGGAUUCCAAAAGGUGGCUUUGGCAAGAGAUUAUUACAAACAUAUUCCUGACAAGGAUGCCUAUGUGGUUGUUAAGAAUAUCGUUCGCUCUUCUUCGUCUUCUUCUACUUUUUGACUUCUUUUGACUCUCAUCUUUACAGAUAAUAUCCUAUUCCAUAUAUGUGUAUUUAACCUUUUUUUUUUUUUUUGAAAAUGAUCCUGUCUCUACUCCCAAUAUCCAUAGUUUUUUUGAACACAAAUAAACAAUACAUUGUUAUCA